AUGGCCCUGUUGCUUGUGGGGCUCCUGCUGCUCCUGGGGCUCUGGGGCCUGCUCCAAACCUGCACCCGCACCCCCUCCCCAGCCCCUCGCUGGCCCCCUGGGCCGCGCCCACUGCCGCUCAUUGGAAACCUGCACCUGCUGCGUGUGUCACAGCAGGACCAGUCCCUGAUGGAGCUCUCAGAACGAUACGGGUCGGUGUUCACUGUCCACUUGGGGCGCCAGAGGACGGUGGUGCUGGCUGGCUACGAGGCCGUGAGGGAGGCCCUGGUGGGCACCGGGUCAGAGCUGGCCGACCGACCCCCCAUAGCCAUCUUCCAGCUCAUCCAGGGAGGUGGGGGCAUCUUCUUCUCAUCGGGGGCACGCUGGAGGGCCGCCCGGCAGUUUACCGUGCGCACCCUCCACGACCUGGGCGUGGGGAGGGGGCCUAUGGCUGACAAGAUCCUGCAGGAGUUGAGGUGCCUCGUGGGGCAGCUGGACAGCUAUGGAGGCCAGCCCUUCCCCCUGGCCCUGCUUGGCUGGGCCCCCUCCAACAUCAUCUUCGCGCUCCUCUUUGGUCGGCGCUUCGACUACCAGGAUCCCGUGUUUGUGUCCCUGCUGAGCCUUAUCGAUGAGGUCAUGGUCCUCUUGGGGACCCCCAGCCUGCAGCUGUUCAACAUCUACCCCUGGCUCGGGGCUCUCCUCCAGCUUCACCGGCCCGUCCUGCGGAAGAUAGAGGAGGUGCGGGCCAUCCUGAGGACCCUCCUGGGGACGCCGCGGUCCCCCAUGCCUGGGGCGGGCCCCGUGCACAGCUACGUGGACGCCCUGAUCCAGCAGGCCCAGGGGGAAGACCCCCAUGGCCUCUUUGCUGAGGCCGACAUGGUGGCCUGUGUCCUGGACAUGGUCAUGGCCGGCACGGAGACCACCUCUGCCACGCUGCAGUGGGCUGCCCUCCUGAUGGGCAAGCACCCGGCUGUGCAAGGCCGGGUGCAGGAGGAGUUGGACCAGGUGCUGGGGCCUGGGCGGUCCCCUCGGCUGGAGGACCAGCGCUCGCUGCCCUACACCAAUGCAGUGCUGCACGAGGUCCAGCGCUCCAUUACCCUCCUGCCCCACGUGCCUCGGUGCCUGGCGGCUGACACCCAGCUGGGCGGCUACCUGCUUCCCAAGGGCACACCUGUGAUCCCUCUGCUGAGCUCCGUGCUCCUGGACAAGACGCAGUGGGAGACCCCUCGCCAGUUCAACCCGGGCCACUUCCUGGAUGCCAAUGGGCACUUUGUGAAGCGGGCAGCCUUCCUGCCUUUCUCUGCAGGCCGCCGCGUCUGCGUGGGGGAGAGCCUGGCCAGGUCGGAGCUGUUUCUGCUGUUCGCUGGCCUCCUCCACAGGUACCGCCUGCUGCCCCCGCCUGGCCUCAGCCCAGGCACCCUGGACACCAUGCCCGCCCCGGCCUUCACCAUGCGGCCACCGGCACAGGCCCUCUGUGCAGUGCCCAGGUGCGCGAGCUCUGACCAAGGAGACCCGGGGAGGGUUUGAGUCACUCCCCCAGACCCCAGCUUGGGGCGCUGUGUGGAUGAUGGA